AUGACUGCUUCAGAGCGCGAACCCAUUGCCGUUGUCGGGAUUGGCUGUCGCUUUCCUGGAGGUGUUUCCACCGCAACGGAAUUCUGGGAAACGCUGCAGCAAGGUAUCGAUGCUAUCGGAGAUAUCCCGAAAGACCGGUUUGACUCGAGCUCGUUCUACGACAAGGAUCCCCAGAAAUACGGGAAGAUCAGAAAUUGCAAGGGUGGCUUCUUGGACGACAUCAAGUCAUUUGAUGCUGAUUUCUUUGGCUACUUUCCGGCCGAAGCAUCCAGGAUCGACCCACAACAGCGUCUCGCCUUGGAAGCAAGUGUCCAUGCACUGCAGGACUCUGGAACCCCUCUUGAGAAGGUGGGCGGUUCACGGACGAGCGUUUUUCUCGGUACCUUCAUGUAUGAUCACCUCGGCAUACAGACAGCCACUGAGCAGCGGGACAGUAUUAGUCCCCAUGUGGCUCUGGGAUCAAUGAUAUGGGCAACAGCAAAUCGAGUAUCUCAUCGCCUGAAUCUGCAGGGCCCGAGCAUUACACUGGAUACUGCCUGCUCCAGCAGCUUGUCAGCAUUGCAUCUUGCGUGCCAGAGCAUCUGGGCAGGGGAAAGUGAGGGGGCCCUAGCUGGCGGCGUUAAUGCUAUUCUUCGACCGGAAGCAACGAUCAUGCUAUCGAAGUCAGGGUUUCUGUCCCCAGACGGAUCCUGCAAACCUUUUGAUGCGUCGGCAAACGGUUAUGUUCGCAGCGAGGGCGUCGGAAUCGUGUACCUAAAGCCUCUCAGCACAGCAAUCCGGGACAAGGACAGAAUCUACGCAUGCAUUCGUGGCUCGCUUGUAAACCAGGAUGGAUACACAGCAGAUGGUUUUACUGUCCCAAGCUUGGCUGCACAAGCAACGUUGUUGGAGACGGUCUACACACAAUCCAACAUAGACCCGACCAAGGUCCAGUAUAUAGAAGCCCACGGACCCGGCACCCUCGUUGGGGAUCCGGUCGAAGCAAAUGCCCUAGGGAAACAACUUGGACAAAAACGUUCCGAAAAACAAGAAUCCCUUUGGAUAGGGUCGGUUAAAGGGAACUAUGGCCACCUUGAGGGGGCUGCUGGAAUCAUUGGUUUCAUCAAGGCUUCUCUCGUUGCGUUCUAUGGCGAGAUUCCCCCACAAGUCAACAACACAACUUUGAAUCCUUCCAUCGAUUUCGAGUCGCUACGACUUGACAUAUCGAGGAAGAAAAUCAAAUUGCCCCGUGAUCAAGGACAAAAGAUAUUGGCCGGCGUCAACUCCUUUGGUGCGGGAGGUGCCAAUGCACAUGUCAUACUUGAAGAAGCACCAAAUUAUAUCGGCACUGGUGCUGGAAAGUCUCAUCGCAGGCCCCGCGUUUUUAACCUAUCUGCAAGGUCGCAGUCUGCAUUAGCGCACACUGCCCGAGAUCUGGCUUCCUUCCUGCGCCUACGAAAACAUUCCCUCGAGGAUGUCGCAUAUACCCUGAACAUGCGUCGGGACAAGCAUGCAGAAUUCUCAGUUAUCCCGGCGCAGGGAUUGCACGAGCUGUGUUCCCGACUUGAUCAGCUCGGCUCCCAGCAAGCUUCAAAAAAUAUCUUGACACUGCAAAAGCAACCAGGCAUAUCCUGUCCUAGAGUCGCUUUCGUGUUUUCUGGUCAAGGUGGCCAGUGGCUUGGGAUGGGAAUGCGGCUGGCGUAUCAAGAACCUACUUUCCGUGAACAUCUGGCCGCCUUUGACAAUGUUUUCGCCUCUCUUGCGCAGUUCUCAAUCAUUGAAGAGAUUUUUGGGCAACCAGAUGACUCCAAGCUCAGCAAGACCACAAUUGCGCAGCCGGCAAUAGCGGCAAUACAGAUCGCAUUGGCGAGAACCCUUAUCUCUUAUGGUAUCAAACCGGAGGGCUGCGUAGGGCACUCCAUUGGUGAGAUUGCUGCCGCCCAUAUAUGCGGCGCACUAAGCCUGGAAGACGCUGUUAAAGUGAUAUACUUUCGGUCCCAGAUACAGAGCAAGGCCGCCGGGGCCGGGUCGAUGCUGGCCACAGGACUUUCGGCCAAAGAAGCUGAUAACCUAAUACAGCGCAUGCAUGCUGGCGGUGGUGUGGAGAUCGCGGCCCUGAAUGGCCCCAAGACGACUACUUUAACGGGAGAUAUAGAGAGCCUCGAGCAUGUUUCCAGAGAGCUUGAGAAGCGGGAUGUGUUCGCUCGGUUUGUCAAGGUAGACACUCCAUACCACAGCCGCUUCAUGGACGCCCUGAAAGGUGAACUUUUGGAGGCCCUUUCUCCAAUCCAAGGAACCCAAACUGAAAUCAAUCUGUACUCCACCGUUACAACGACUGUCGAAUUGGGGAGGCACUUGAAUGCGAGUUACUGGUUUGAUAACAUAAGGAAGCCGGUUAAGUACACCGAGACAGCAGGUGGAAUGAUUGAAGACGGCUUCAACUUUCUGGUCGAGAUCGGACCGCAUCCAGUCCUUCUAUCUGGUACUCAAGAUAUCGCAGAGGCUGCUAAGCGGCUAGUCUACCUGCUCCCAGGCAUGCUCCGCGGUAGCGAUGUUGAGCCCUUCUCCCGCGUCAUAGGUGCCACUCAUGCGGUAGGUAGCGUUGUCGAUAUCUCAUCAUUUAACGGCGGAGGCGGCAAUCUUAUCGAUCUGCCCCUGUACCCUUUCCAAAGGCAGCAUUGUUGGUUUGAGGAUCCAGAAGCUCAGCAGAGCCGUCUUGCAGAGUCUCGCCAUCCGUUUCUCCGAAGCUCGACCAGCCUGACCGACGAUGAACAUGGUGUACUACGACUUCAGCUGAGCACCGGUGUUUCGCCGUUUUUAAGUGAUCAUGUGGUUAACGGAGCAAUUGUCUUUCCAAUGACGGGACACAUUGAGGCAGCAUACUUAGCUGCCAACAAAUUUCUCAAACAUCAAAGGAUCUGGUUGGAAGAUCUUCGAUUUGAACUCCCCGUGGUCCUCGCUGCCGCAGAAGAUUUUGCUCCUCAGAUUAUGUUAGAGAUCACCAGCUCUAUCAGUGAUUACGUUCUCAGCUCUCGACGGGCCAAUGCAGCCCCAACAGCUGCUUGGCAUGUAUGUUCCAGGGGUCGAAUCAAUUCCCGCGAUAUGCCGCCCAGAGCAGACGCAGAGGCUCUUGACUCUGUGAAGACUCGUCUGCAGUCAGGAACACAGAUGAACACCGAUGCGUUUUAUCGAGGGCUCGAAGACGCAGGCUUCCGGUAUGGCGAAGCAUUCAGAUGUGUUCGAGGCAUGUGGCGCCUUGGCGAGGAGCUUUGCUCUGUUGUCGAGCUCCCACCUUCCUUGAUUGACGAGGCAUCGCGGUUUACCUUCCAUCCUGCGCUUUUGGAUGCUUGUGUUCACACCGUAUACGCUUACCAGCAUCACGUCGGCAAUCCUCACAGUGUGUACUUGCCUAGUCAUGUGCGAUCAGUAGAUAUUACGAAUAAUUACCCUGUCACAUCUGUCUUCGCACAUAUCCAGAUACAUCAGCUCGACCAUAUGUUCCUAAUAUACAAAUUGACAAUAUAUGGACACGAUGGCCAGCUUGUUGCAAUAUUCUCUGACUUAACGAUGAAACAGCUCCAAACCAAAACUUUAACCCAGUCCAAGGAGCAUCGUGUAUCUUUUCAGUUGGAGACGGAGGAGCGGUCAAAGAGGGAGGAAGCUGAUUUUGAGAACGUCUUAAUCCUUGACCCACCGGGCAGCUUGUUGGACUGGAUACUACCUACUGUUCAGAGCGCAUUUCCCCGUUCGCGCAUCUAUGAAAAGGAUCUAGAGGCAGUCAAACCCUCGUGGGAAGCCUCCGAAUGGGGAUUCAAUCUGGACCGACGGACACUUCUCAUCGUCCCGGCGUUGCUGUCAGGCCCCCCACAGAGACAUAUCCACGAAAGCCUGGACGCUUCGAUUCAAACACUUACACGUAUUGCGUCUUGGAUUCACGCUCAGAGUGGCUUUUGUACGGUCGUGGUACUUACACAGGGGGGCUGCAUGACGCCUGCAGAUACGCAAUGCAACCCUUUCGCCUCUUCUGUAGAAGCAGCUACACGCGUGAUGGUGAACGAGUUUCCGCAUCCUAGCAUUCGAACCAUUGACCUUGCAAUGGAUACGGCUGAGCAACAAACUACAUUCCUCAAAGCAGAGCUGCAAACUCUUCGAUUCGGUCGCCAUGAGACAGUAGUAGCUCUCAGGGAUGAAGACCGGUUUGUCAGGCGGAUAGUGUCUGUGGAUGUUGAGAAGGAAGAAAAUCUGAAUCGGAGGUCACUUCCAGCCAGAGGAGGAAAGUAUCAAGCAGAAAGGGGCCAAAAUGGGGGUCUAGAUAACCUGGUUUUGAGGCAGCAGUCUUUCUCACAGCUGGGUCCAGAUGAAGUGGGGAUUGAAGUCCACGCUGCGGGCCUGAACUACAAGGACGUCUUGAACGCCAUGGGCUCACUAAGCGAUAGAGCCACCUCUGAUGGUCUGACUGGUCAAAAUCUGGGGCUCGAGGUGUCUGGACGGGUUACAGAGAUUGGAAAGGAUGUGAACGAUAUUGACCGUGGUGCUCUGGUCAUGGCCCGAGUUUCUAACGGCAUCUCUGGUUAUGCUGUUACCAGCUAUGACCUCGUUGUGCCUGUCCCCUCAUCCCUUUCUGUCACCCAGGCAGCUUGUGUGCUGGUCAGUAGCACGACAGCGUACUACGCUCUCGAAUACCUCGGGCGACUCACGGCAGGAGAAAGCAUUCUGAUCCAUUCAGGAGCGGGUGGUGUGGGAACAGCAGCAAUGCAGAUUGCCAAGCACAUUGGAGCUCGUGUGUAUGCAACAGCUGGGAGUCCUGCGCGUCGAGCCCGGGUGUCCGAUAUGGGAGCUGAAGCAGUCUUCGACUCCCGAUCUUUGACAUUCCAUGACGAGAUCAAGCUAGCAACUCAGGGUCGGGGUGUCGACGUCGUGUUGAAUUGUUUGCCUGGAGCCAUGUUCUCACAGUCUAUGGCAUGCCUUGCUCCGUUCGGGCGCUUCCUGGAAAUUGGAAAGACAGAAAUUUAUCGGAACACAAAGCUUGGCUUGGAGAAACUUGGUCAAAACUGUGCCUUCUUCGCCGUCGACAUCGAUAGAUUGGCGGCACAAAAGCCAAAUUUACACCGUCAGAUCGUGGGAGAGGUAUGCAAACUUCUUGGUCGUGGGAUAUUGGUACCACCACAAAUUACUACGCAUCCGAUCUCGGAACUAUCCAUGGCCCUAAAGCGACUAUCCCGGUCUUCUGUGAUGGGCAAGGCAGCGGUGGAAAUGCCGCCCGGUGUUAUCAUUGAAGCAAUGCCUCCAAAACAUUUGAAGUUGGAUGGAACUCGAUCCUACCUAAUAACCGGUGGUACAAGUGGGUUAGGGCUGCACUUGGCCAAAUUCCUGGUUGAGCGAGGGGCGAAACAUCUCGUGCUCGUCAGCAGGACAGGACCAAAGACUCCCGAGGAUCACGCUCUCAUAUUACAUUUGCGACAUAAAGGGGUCUCGGUUAACAUUGAGACUGGGGAUAUUUCCAACAUCGAAGCAGCUGAAUCUCUGUUUCACCAGCACAGACCAUGGCCAUCGAUUGCAGGUGUUAUACACUCUGCCGGUGUAUUGGGCACUAUCUCUGCCCACGACGUCACACCGGACAGCUUCCGAACAGUCUUUGCCCCUAAGGCCCUAGGAGCAUGGAAUCUCCAUCAGACAACUCAAGGGCUACAUCUUGACUUCUUUGUCCUAGUAUCGUCCGUUUCCAGUAUCCUGGGGGUGGCAGGACAGUUGAGCUAUGCAGCGGCAAAUCAAUUCCUUGACGGGCUGGCACAACAUCGCCAGGCAUCCGGCUUGCCCGGCACUUCACUUAACCUCGGGGUUCUGGGAGAAUAUGCGGGCAUGUCACGCACCUCUUCCGGUAGUAAUCGAGUGGUCCAGCUCGCUGAGUCGGAAGGCCUGUCCACCACAGAUCUACCGACGGUCUUGUCUGCGCUAGAACGUGCUCUUGACCACAGUACCUCUCAAACCAUGAUUUCUGGUAUUGACUGGUCAAUGUUCCUUAAAGCCUACCCCCACCUAGCCUAUGACGGUGCUUAUCUUGGGCUAGAUAAGCAGCAGGAAGCAGACAAAAACGACGAAUCCCAGGUGUUUUCAUCUCGACUAUCGGGUCCAGAGAGAGAGCAGGCUAUCAGAGACACGCUACAGGCUGGACUGGCCAAGAUAUUAGGAGUAGAUACCAGUCGGAUAUCUCCCACAGAAAAGAUUGAUCAAUACUCUCUCGAUUCCAUGACACUCACCCAGUUGCGAGGGUUGAUCCUACGGGAGUUCAGAACCCCGUACCCUCUCAUAAGGCUUUUCGAGGGACCGAGUCUGCAAGAGGUUGCCGCAGAAUUGAAUGGGACAUCCCACGAUACACAAUCAGCAAACGAAGGCUCCACCAAUAUCGGGAACGAUCAAUUGGGGUCUAUGUCUGAUGAUGGGCUGAUCAAGAUUUCGCCCUGGUUUGUUCGGGGCAGUUCUGUCAACGCCCACUGUCCCCGUCUAUUAUGUGUUCAUUCCAUGGGAGCCGCGGCAACACUUUUUGCUUCCGUCUUAUCAAACCCUCCGGACGGGCUUGAUCCUAUCGCAAUGCAGCUUCCCGGUCGUGCAACUCGCUCUGACGAGCCUCCCGCGUCCAGCAUACCAGAGGUCGUGGCCGGCACCCUGAGCGACAUGGAGAAUGUAGUCGGCUACCCCGCCAUCAUCUGGGGGCAUUCAUUCGGAGGAAUCAUUGCAUUUGAGAUGAUUCGUGCCUUGCGACGCCAGGGUAAGCCUUUGCCGCAGCUUCUUGUCACCGGCACAAUUGCUCCAAGCCUUAUCAGUAUUUGGCAAAAGCGGGAUAUCCUGGUUGAGGUUGUUCGGGAAGACAUUAGCCCCGAUUACUGGAUGUCUGUGGCACGGUACGUCGAUGAUGUGGACUACCUGCGUUCCAUUAUGCCCUUGAUGAGACAAGAUGGGCCUUUACUGCUCAAGUAUCAGUUCCAUGAGGAAGAUCCAUUGAAUAUACCUAUCACGGCGUUCACUGCGCGUCAGGAUGACUUAGUGUAUUUGGAGGAGAUAUCCGCCUGGAAAAAAGAAACGAAGCAAUUCCGUCUAAUAGAAGUGGACGGGGACCACUGGUUUUUGUAUCGAAACCGUGUGCUACUGAGGGAGACCCUGAUAGCUAUGGCAUGCGACCUUGACACGAGCGACCCAAAGAACUGA